AGUCUGAAGAAGCUGCAAAAGUAUAUACUGAAUUCGUAGCAUCAUUCGAAAAAGACGAAGGAGGUGGAAAAGCCUUUGUUAAAGGCGAAACUAUUAUACCAAAAGGAGAAACACCUGCCCCAACGACUCCGCCAAAAUUAUAUAAACCACAAACUUUCGUACCUUCUGAUGAAGACAAACAAGAAGAAAAGGCUAAAAAAAAAAGC